UUUGAUUGGUCGAGUGUUGACUAGUGACGCAAAUUUAGCGCGCCGUACUCUGCAUACUUUGCUAUCCACAACUGUGGUGUAGUGUCCACCAGUGGUUGCUAAAACUGUGCUAUUGUUCUACGUGUGUAAACAGUUCAAAUUACUGGUUAGAUUAGAGCCGGAGUUUUUUUAACUAACCGCCACCACUCAACAAGUACAAUGUCUAGUACAUCACAAAAGCAUCGCAACUUCGUGGCUGAGCCCAUGGGGGAGAAGCCAGUUACAGAUCUAGCCGGCGUGGGGGAAGUCUUAGGGCGGAGGCUCGAAACAGCAGGUUUUGACAAGGCCUAUGUUGUACUUGGCCAGUUUUUGGUUCUGAAGAAGGAUAAAGAGCUCUUUCAAGAGUGGAUGAAAGAGACCUGCAGUGCUAACUCAAAGCAAUCCGCAGAUUGUUACCAGUGCUUACAAGAGUGGUGUGAUGAAUUUUUGUAAAUUGACCUUGAAAUGUCGGACUAAUAUUUUCUUACCUGUAAAUAAUUGGACAGUAAGCAGUUAUGACUAAUCUAUGCAUUUUUGUAUGUGUUUGUUAAUAUGUAAUUUUUAAUGAAAGUUAACAAAUUGUUACAGUACCUAACCAGAUAAGAACCAAUCUUAAACUUAAUUAGUUACUUUACCACAUAUUAAUUAUGAUUCAUUCACCAGAACAUGAAAAGAUAUUUUUUUUUAUAUUCAUUCAACAAUAAUUAUAGUAAUAUUGGUAACAUUCAAUGGCUUUGUGAAUAUUGACAUCUCUUUUAAGAAUAAAAUGUACUAUUAAUAAUUUUUUCAAUAAAAUAAAAACAUGUUUCCA